AGGCGUGGGGAGGGGGGAGAAUCUGGGAACGCGAGGGGUUGGGCUGAGCCGCACUUGGGGAACGGCGCGGACCUUCUGCUAGCACUCUGGCCGUCUUCCGUCUGCUCAGCCCAGUGGCCCCGCGCAUCUACUUCCAUGGAGCUGCGGUCUCAUCUCGGGGCCACCUGUUUGCUGGGCUUCAGUUUCCUGCUUCUCGUCACCUCUUCUGAUGGACAUAUUGGGCUUGGAAAGGGUUUUGGAGAUCACAUUCAUUGGAGGACACUAGAAGAUGGGAAGAAGGAAGCAGCUGCCAGUGGGUUGCCUCUGAUGGUGAUUAUCCACAAGUCCUGGUGUGGAGCUUGCAAAGCUUUGAAGCCCAAAUUUGCCGAAUCUACAGAAAUUUCAGAACUUUCCCAUAAUUUUGUUAUGGUGAAUCUUGAGGAUGAAGAGGAGCCCAAGGAUGAAGAUUUCAGCCCUGAUGGGGGUUAUAUUCCACGAAUCCUUUUCCUGGAUCCCAGUGGCAAGGUGCAUCCUGAAAUCAUCAAUGAGAAUGGAAACCCCAGCUACAAGUAUUUCUACAUCAGUGCCGAGCAAGUUGUUCAGGGGAUGAAGGAAGCUCAGGAGAGGCUGACGGGAGAUGCCUUCAGAGAGAAACAUCUUGAAGAUGAGUUAUAACAUAAAUAUAUCCUUUCUUUCAUCAGAGUUAGUGCUCUGGAAGGAAAGCAGCAGGGGAGGGGAUAUUGAGGAAUCGCUCAGAACAAUUCAACCAACCAGGAAACCUUGCUCCUGCCUACAUGGGGAGGAGUGCUCUCACUGUGGAAGACUUCUGCUGACAGGAGCUGGUCUCCAUGCUUGUGGAUCCAGCAGAGUGUGGCAGACUUCCUUCUCCCGCCUCCUCCUAGAUGUCUGUCACUGAACGUAAAGAAUGACAGCUUUUGACACAAAACUUGAGCCAUUUGGAGUUGUACUCCUCACAGUUCAGUAUUUGAAUCUUUUUCCAUUUCCUCCCGCUUUAUUCACCUUGGUGGUGAAAGGAGACCAGUUGCAUCUUUUCUACGGUAUUAAAAUUACAGAAAUAGUUCAUCAUUUAAAAAAACAAACCUAAAGGUAAAACAGUAAUUCUACCCCCACUGAGGAGACCAGCCUAUUUCUUCUCCUUUUCUCCUGGGAAUAAUCUUGGGCUUCUUCCUGAAUCCCGGUAACUUCCAUCCUCUUCUCCUGCUUGGGCUUCCCUGUUUGCACGCAUGUGUAUGCAGGAAUGGCUGUGUGUUUGGACUCAGCCCCAGCUGGAAGCAUGCUUUCCCCUGGUACUGUUACAGAAACAGAAACCUUCAAGCCCUAGGUGGAGCCAUUUUUGUCAAGUCGUCAACUGUAUUUUUGUACUGAGGUUAACAAAAAAAUUUAAAAAUACUAAUUGUUCCAUUAAACUUUAAUAAAACUUUGAAAGGAAA